GUGUGUGUGGGCGCGGGUGACAUGGCGCGGGCAGAGCACCUGGUGCGCCUGGCGCAGGCGGCGGGGGGAGCAGCGGCGCCCAACUGCCGGGUGCUCACAGUGAUGGCGCGCGGCUACUGCCAGGCGGGGCAGCGCCGACAGGCCUAUGCGCUGCUGCAGGAGAUGGAGCGGAGGGGGCCGGCACCGGACGCGGCGGUGUACCACGUGGUGAUGGAGGGCGAGCGCCAUGCGGAGGCCGUCACCGCGCUGCUGGCCGCCAUGGCGCGCUGCCACGUGCCGCCCACCGAGAGGACCUUCAGUGUGGCGAUGGCGUGUAUGGGCCGAGCGGGGGACGUGGCGGCAGCAGAGGCACUGUGGCGCCACAUGACGGCCGCCCACAUCCCCCCCUCGCCCUUCGCCUUCUGUGCCCUCGCCCAUGUGUAUGGGCAGGCUGGCAUGGUGGAGAGGUGUGCGGCCAUGGUGCAGCAGAUGGAGAGAAGCCUGGGGCACAAGGGCAGAUGGCAGGCACGCCGCACGGCGAGGAGGGCAGAGAGUGCUGCCCUCAGAGACUCGCCCGAUUGGUCCCCCUUAGCUGGCGCCCAGGGGGCAGACAGGGGGGAGGGGGGAAUGAUGGGCGCAGGGGAGGAGAUGGGGGAGGUGGGCGGCAUGGCAGGAGGGGCGGAGAGUGGUGGGGAUGAUGGUGUUGGGAGGGGGAGUGGAGAUGAGGGAAUAAAGAGGCGAGGGCGAGGGAGAAGGUUGCAUGCGGCAGGAGUGGGGGAGGAGAGGGACAGCGGGGGAGGGGGAGGGCAGUACAGCGAGCGGAUGGCGACGGCCAGGGGAGGCACACAAGCAACUAACAGGACAUUGCUGACGUCAGCACACAACAUUCUGAUUGGCGCCCAUGCUGGACGUGGUGAUGCCGAGGCGGCCGUGGCGGUGCUGCGAGGGAUGCGACGCAGAGGGCUGCACCCGUGCAUGCGCAGCUUCAACGCAGCAGCGCACGCGUGCAUGCGGGCGAGGCAGGUGGAGCGAGCCGUGCGCCUGCUGGGGGAGGCGCAGCGCCGCGGCCUGCCUCCCACCGCUGCCACCUUCGCCCUCCUCAUACAAGCAGCCGGGCACAUGCGGCGGGCGGGCAUGGUGGAAGCAGCGCUGCACCGCAUGGCGCUCGCCGGCUGCCCACAUGAUGCCGUGACGUACCGCAGUGCGGUGUACGCGUGGGUGCGGUGUGGCGAGGGCGGGCGGGCGCUGGAGGUGCUGCAGGAGAUGGUGGCGGCGGGCCACCCGCCCGCCAUGACCGUGCCGGACGUGCUCAUCAAGAGUGUGGACGGCGCGUUGCUGCUCGAGUGCACGCGGGCAGCACCUGACGGCAACUUGAAGAAUUUCCUGCGAGAGAUGAGAAGCGCCGGGCUCACCCCCACCGCGUCCACAUCAGCACACCUCGUGCAGCUCCUCGCCUCCUCGCACUCACCCGCCCAAGCGCUCGAUGCCGCCCACGAGCUGGCAGCAGCUGGGGUGGGCCAGCUGGGAGACGCCACGUGGCAUGCAAUAGGGCAGGCUGUGUGGCACAUGUCUCACCGCAAACCCCACGAGGCCGCCCUCGCAGCCCAGCGCCUGCUGCCCGCCGUGGAGGCUGACGGCUGCCCUGUGACCAGGGAGCUGUACGAGGUGGCCAUUGCAGUGCACGUGCGCAGCGGCCACGGCACCACCGCCCUGCACCUGCACCGCCUCAUGGACGCCGCCCAUCCCGCCGCCCCUGCCGCCCAUCCUGCCGCCCCUGCCGCCCACCCCGCCGCCCAUGCCACCCAGCCUGCCGCCCACGCAACCCAGCCUGCCCGUGAGGAUGGUACCCGGCCUGCCCCGCAGGGUGGCCUCCAGGAGGCCUCGCGUGGUGCUGCCCGCGCAGCACAGGGGGACGCCACGCCCCCGGCAGCACAGGGGGAAGCCACGCCCCCAACACAGAGGGGUUGGGAAGAGACAGGGGAGGCGUUGGAAGAAGCAUUACUAUUGGAGGGGGUUGGGGAUGGGCAAGGACGUGGGGAGGCGUGGAGUGGAGUGGCAGGGCGAGUAGCGGAUGGGCACAGCAUUGACGGCAGCACGGCUCCUAUGCACUGUGUCGAGCCCAGCCCGCGCAGCAGCAGCGACAAUGACAGCAUAUACACGAGUGAGGGGGACAUGAGCAGCAGGGAGGGCGGCAUGAGCAGCAGCGAGGAAGCUUCCUCCGAGCUCACGUUUCUGGAAGCCAUUGAUGCCGCGCUCACGCACGCCCUGGCUGAGGACAUUGCACGCGCCUCCUCUGCUGCGCCGCCACACGCCGCCUGCACCAGCACUGGCAGCAGCAUGGACGGAGGCGUGGGGAGGGGCGUGGCACAUGGAGGGCACGGCAGUGGCCGCUGCGACAGAGUGGAGAGGGAGAGAGGAGCAGGGGAGGGGAGUGAAUGCAGGGAGGUGGGGCGCAUGGACGGCCAGGCGGGUGGCAGUAGUCGAUGGGAGGAGGGAGUGGCAGAGAGGGUGGCGAACCAGGCUGAUGCGGGUGGCGUUUCGGGAUUGGUUGCUGACCUGGCAGCCUCUGGCAUUCGGGUGAAACCACGCGCCGUGCAGAGUGCCAUCCGCCAGCUGCUGCUGCACGACGACUGCCACGCCGCCCUCACCGCCGCUGCUGCACCUCCCGCCCGCCCCACCCACCCCGCUUCACCCACUGCCACGGCCAUCGCCAUCCGCCGGCCCGCAGCAAGCAGCGAGGCAGCAGGGCGAGUGGGCGAGGUGGAGCGGGCAGAGGCGAGUGAGGAGGAGGUAGGCAGCGGUGGCGGGGGCAGCGAUGCAGAGGCGGUGCCGUGGCUGGAGCGCGCCAUCAGCCUCGUGGAUGCUCUGCCGCGCCUGUUCGCCCAGCAGCCAACGGCCUAUGUGUAUGCGGAGCUGCUGCGAGCGUGUGUGCGCAAGCGGCAGUGGAGGCGGGGGGAGCAGCUGUGGCAGCAGAUGGGGGCAGCGGGCGUGCAGGCGGAUGUGCCGUGCUGGCUGGCCCGCCUGCGCUGCCUGGGGGCUCUCAGCCGCAUCGCAGGCGCAUCGCACGCGCUGGUGGCGGAGGCGGCAGCAGCGGGCACGGCCAUGGAGAGACACCCCGACCUGCUGCGGUGCGCUGCUCCCGCCACCUCUGCACCAUGCAGCCUUGCUGCUCCCCCCGUCACCAUGGCCUCUUGCCCAUCCACGUGCCCUUUUCCAUUUGCCAUACACCAAGUGCCCCCCCCCCCCCCCCUCUCCCUCUCGCUCCAGCAGUGCACUGCUGAGGGAGUGCCAGCGGGCCAAUGA